AAACACAGACUGGACUCUGACAUGAAGUGAGAUUCUGCCUUUUCACUCCUCUGUGUUUCCACAGAGCUUCAGUGCUGAGCUGCAGUGGACGCAAAUGGAGUCAGCCAGGAUUUGGAAUGAGUCACAUCCUCUGAAGUCCUGACCUUGUGAGAAGAGUCUGCAAUCCACUCAGCUUCCAGGAAUCCAGUGUGGACUCCCCCCUCCCCCUCUCCUCAGUGUGGGAUUCCCCUCCUCCUCCUCCUCCCCCCUCUCCCUGCCGCUUGCCCGCCAUGUCGUUGCACGCCGGCCUCGCUGGCUACUCGUCUCACAUGCCUCCAGGCUGCCCUGCGCUCGCACUGAACGCUGCUGAUUGGCCGGGAGGGAGAGAGCUCGUACCUGCCAGGUGGAGGUGCACGCUGCUUCGUUAUUGGCUGUCGUGAGUUAAAUGGGAGUGGUGGGACUCCUCCUACUUCCCCGUCUACUCAAAAGCACUGGUGGCAGCAGCUGAGGAGUGAAAAGAGAAGGAAAUACAAGCAGUGGACAAGCGUCAGGGAGUGAGACAGCAGGAGUAGUCACAGUUACGACGUGCGUUCCUGGCAAGCCGACAAAACAGAUCGAUCGCUCAGACGCGCAGCAAAGAUGGCCUCCGUCGCUCCAUUCAGCCGCAGGCAGUGGGCGUCCCAGUCGCUGAGGGUCACCGCCAAGGAACUUUCGAUCGUCUCCACCCGGGGUAAAAACAACGCCAUCGCAGAGCGCUUCUCCAAGUACCAGAUGGCAGCAGAGGAAGGCAAUGCAGAGAAGAAGAAAGCGGUUGCAGAACCUCCACCCUCCACCGUGUGCAGCGGGAAUCUGAGUGUUUUAAAGAAACGCUGGGAGCAGCAGCAGCAGCAGCAGCAGCAGCAGCAGCGGCCGUCCAGCCACAGACCCAAACCUCAAGCCGCACCCUGCAGCCCUGCCGACCCUCAGACCCACGUCAGUCCAUCAGCAGGCCCCAAACCUGCGCCCACAUCACACAUCAAGAACCACUCGGACACCCUGAAAACCGCCACGCUCUCUCAAGACCAGGAUACCGAGCUGGAGACACAGGUUCACUCUGAGACCAGCGAGAGCAGCUCCGAGCAGGCGCCGUCAGCUCAGCUGGGUCCGACCGACAUGGAGGCGAAGCCCAGCAGAGAUUCAGAGGAGCAGGAUGGAGCACCGGCAGCUGAAGUACCCGACUCCGAGAAGCCCAGCGUUCCUCUGAACAGCCUCAAGAUGAUGUUUGAGAAGGGAGAGAACCUGACCAGCAAGGUGUCCAGAGAGCAAACGAGUGGAGGAAACGGUAACACUGCCAGCAUGGAGCAGCUACUAGGAGAUGGUCUCGCCGAGUCCACUCCUCUCCGGGACAGGAUGGCCCUCUACCAAGCUGCCGUCUCCAAACAGGAAGUCCCUCCCACCUCUGUCAGUACUGAUCAGCUGGACACUUUCAGCGGGAAGCAGAAGGAGAACGUUCCUCCGUGCACUCUGGACAUGAGUCCAGAGUCUGAACCAAGCAGCAGGAAAGGUUUCACCUCAGAGAGCAACGGUUCUGCCACCGGCACCCCUGCAUCGUCCAAUCAGAGAGACUCUUCUCAGCUCAAGACUUCCAAAAGCUUCCGCCUGCCUGUGAGGGAGACCUGUGUGUCGUGUCUGAAGACGGUUUAUCCUCUGGAGAGGCUGGUGGCCAAUCAGCACGUCUACCACAGCUCCUGCUUCCGCUGCUCGCACUGCAACACCAAACUGAGUCUGGGGAACUACGCCUCCCUGCACAACAACGUCUACUGCAAGCCGCACUUCUGCCAGCUCUUCAAGGCCAAAGGCAACUAUGACGAAGGCUUCGGCCAUCGGCCCCACAAAGAGCUGUGGGAGAGCAAAGGGGAGAGCGGAGACGCCUCCCCUCAGACCAAGCCGAGGGUCCAGAGCCCGGCCCCGGCCUCGGACGUGGACGGCCCCAGCGUGGAGGACUCCCCGCUAGCUAAGGUCAAUGUGCUGACAGCCACUAUGGAGGCUCUGGGUCAGGGGUCGUCGGAGAAGGCCGACCGACCCACCGAGACCCGCAGGCUGAAAAUCUCCUGGCCGCCACGAUCAGAGCUGGAGGACGCGACCGGCCGCGGCGGAGCCACGACAACCACGGACGGGGGCUCCGCCAGCAAGCCCGUACGCCCCAAGUGGCCCCCAGAGGAGGACUCCCCCUCCUCGGCCCCUGAACAGGCCAGAGAGACACCCUGCCUGCGCCGGAGCUCCUCCCUGAAGGAGCGCAGCAUGCCCUUCACGCUGGCAGGACAGGCCGGCAACAGUCCCGCUCCUGAGGCCAGAAAACCGAGUCCGCCGCCCCCUGCGGAGGAGCGACGGCUCAGCCCUGAACCCUCCAGCAUGGAGCUGCAGCUCGGCGGCCAGUCGUCAGACAGCCAAACCCCCACUGAAGACAGCUGUGUGGACGUUCACACCAGCUCAGGAGAGGAGGAGCAGGAGGGCGAGAUGAAGAGCGAGAACACGCCGGACCAUCACGUCACCAAAGAGGAAGACGACACUGGAGAUGAACAACCUGGGCAGGAGGAGGAGGAGAUGGAGGAGGAGGAGGAUGUGUGUGUGUUGGAGGAAGAGAUGCCUCCUCUGAAACAGCAGGAGGCGCCAACGGACAUCCCGUCUCCUGAAGGAGAGGUGGAGGCCAGCCGGUCGUCCCAGGAUGUGGGCUUCUGGGACAGCGAGGAGGUGGAUGAUAAGGAGGAGCAGGAGGUGCUGACGGUGGAGGAAAUGAUCAAACGGAACCGAUACUACGAGGACGAAGAGGAGGAAGAGGACGUAUAAAGCGAUCGUUGUGGUCUCGGCCAACAGACGACAGCCGCGGACGCUUCAGACGUCCUGCCGUUCCUUUUUUAGAUGUUUUCUUCUUCUCCUGUUGAAAGACAGUCGCUGCAGCGUCUAGUGUGAACUCUACUGAACUCUUCGUGCCUCUUUGAACACUUUCUGAAACCUUUCAAGCCAUUCCGACAGAUUACAGCGCUGUGCUGUCUGCUGGGGAACGUGACGCUCUGACGUCGCGCGGUUUUUAAAAUGAUGCCCCACAUCAUGUUUUUAGAACAGAAUGUCUGAAGGUCGUGACGCAGAAUCAGUUUUAUUUUUGUCUACAUGACUUUUGUAAUUUUCUAUCUUCACUGAAUGCUAAUCUGCUGUCCUGAGUAUCAGUUACACGGUCACUAAUGUCACUAAUCGGCCUCUUAAUCCGUUUCAGAAAAGAAAGGCCAGCACUUUGAUCUGUGACCAUUUUUCAAAUAAUCUGUCGCGUUGCCAUUCUGUACAUUCAUUCAUGUACAUGUUAAAAAAAAAAACCUUUUAUGUUCCUUUGUUUUCCAUUUUCAAGAGUUACAACUGGAUCUGAAAAAUGUUGUACUGUUGUUUUUAAACCAGAGGACCAAAUAUCUUAGAUUGCUACUGUUUAAAUAAAUUGUUAUAU